UCGCGUCGCCAGGGAUUCUAGGGUGAAUUCUUCCAGGAAGUUUCGAUGAGAGAGCCGAAAAACUAAGUCACCCUUGGCCAGCCAACCACAGAGACAGAAAUUGUUGCACCCACGCUGGUGAGUCGUGAGGCUUCUUUGGGAGGCGGAAGAAAAGAAAGUGGAGACAUUUGGGGACCUGGUGGUCAGGGUCUCUCUUCCUCAUGGCUUCAUCCAGUGGCUCCAGCAACAUCUGCUCCCGAGUCAUCGAUCACAGCCAUGUCCCUGAGUUCGAAGUGGCCACUUGGAUCAAAAUCACCCUCACCUUGGUGUACCUGAUCGUCUUCGUGGUAGGCAUCUUGGGCAAUAGCGUCACCAUCCGGGUUACGCAGGUAUUGCAGAAAAAGGGCUAUUUGCAGAAGGAGGUGACAGAUCACAUGAUCAGUUUGGCUUGUUCAGAUAUCUUGGUCUUUUUGAUUGGCAUGCCCAUGGAGUUCUACAGCAUCAUCUGGAACCCCCUGACCACACCCAGCUAUGCUCUGUCCUGCAAGCUCCACACGUUCCUCUUUGAGACGUGUAGCUACGCCACAUUGCUGCAUGUGCUGACCCUCAGCUUUGAGCGCUACAUUGCCAUUUGUCAUCCCUUCAGAUAUAAGGACGUGUCUGGACCUUGCCAGGUGAAACUGCUGAUCGGCUUUGUAUGGGUCACCUCCGCUCUGGUGGCACUGCCCUUGCUCUUUGCCAUGGGUAUUGAGUACCCUCUGGCGAACGUCCCCACUCACAAGGGACUCAACUGUAACCUCUCUCGUACCCGCCACCACGAUCAUCCUGGAGACUCCAAUAUGUCCAUCUGCACGAACCUCUCCAGCCGUUGGGAGGUCUUCCAGUCCAGCAUCUUUGGGGCCUUCGCUGUUUACCUGGUGGUCCUGGUGUCUGUGGCUUUCAUGUGUUGGAACAUGAUGAAAGUGCUAAUGAAGAGCAAGCGGGGUACUCUGGCAGGGACCGGACCACAGCUGCAGCUGCGGAAGUCAGAGAGUGAGGAGAGCCGGACAGCGAGAAGACAGACCAUCAUAUUCCUGAGACUGAUCGUGGUGACACUGGCCGUGUGUUGGAUGCCAAAUCAGAUCCGACGGAUCAUGGCCGCAGCAAAACCCAAACAUGACUGGACCAAGUCGUACUUCAAGGCGUACAUGAUCCUCCUCCCCUUCUCCGACACCUUCUUCUACCUCAGCUCCGUGGUCAACCCUCUCCUCUACAACGUGUCUUCUCAGCAGUUCCGGAAGGUUUUCUGGCAGGUUCUCUGCUGCCGGCUGACUCUGCAGCAUGCCAACCAGGAGAAACAGCAGCGUGCCUACUUCAGCUCUACCAAAAACAGCAGCCGCUCAGCCCGAAGCCCGCUCAUCUUCCUAGCCUCCCGGCGUAGUAACUCUUCCUCCCGGAGAACUAACAAGGUUUUCUUAAGCACUUUUCAGGCGGAGGCUAAGCCUCUAGAGGGCGAGCACCAGCCCUUGAGUCCUGAGUCACCACAGACCGGCUCAGAGACCAAACCUGCUGGUUCCGCCACAGAAAAUAGUUUACAGGAGCAGGAAGUGUGAAUGU